AUGGUGAGAACUACAGUAGCUCCAGAAGCACGUAAGCCACAUGCACUAUCUAAAAUCGCGUCCACAACCAAUCAAAAGGCCAAAAGCAAAGCCUCUUCCUCCACUGUUGUCAAAGCUACAAAGCGUCCCUUUUCUAACGAAUGGGAUGCUUUUGACACUAGAUUUCUCAAAGACUUAGCCACCACAAAAACAGUUCCAACUCGUUUUGUCUCUGAACCAACUUUCACUGAAUAUAGGCUUUGGGAAGAUAUGCAGGCUUUGUUCAAGAGCAUGGGUUUGGGUAAUUUGCAUCUAAUGGUUCAUGAUACACAUGAGAAGUAUAUGAGGGAAUUCUUGGCAUCUGUGAGAGUGAUAUAUGAGGAUGAAAAGAAUCCAGUGGCAAGUCAAGGAUGCCUCUCCUUCAUUAUUAACAAGAAGUUCUACUCCAUGAGCCUCAACGAGCUAUGCAAUAUCUACGGUUUCAACCAAGGGAAUUAUAGUUCCAAAAAGGCUAAGCAGACUAUGAUCAGGAAUCCUGUCCUCCGUUGUGCAGCCAAGGUCAUUAGCCAUACGUUUUGUGGCAAGGCUGAAACUACUGCAAUUACUGAAGGCGAGCUUUGGAUGUUGUUUGAAGGAGUUAAGCACCUAUUGACUGAUGAGAAUGGUGAGCCUUACCCAUCGGGUAAUGAUUUCAAUUAUGGAGAUAUUCUUUCUACCAAGUUCCUCACGUAUAAGAAGGAGAUUCACAUCAGAGGUAUGAUCACUCCCAUUCUCGAGUAUCACAAGAUUGAUCUUCAACACUCGCCACCACUUACAUGGGCAAAGUUUAUUGAUGAGGCAUAUCUGGUUCACUGUCACAUCUUGAGUGGUCCGCUUAAGAUAUUCUCUAAGUAUUGCUUUGAAGAUAGAGAAGGACGACCUCUUUUCUACUCCUUUAUCUCAAAUUUUCAUCAUCUCAACUCUCACAAGAAUUUGGAGUUCCUACCUGCACCCGAGCUUCUCUGUCAACAUUCACACCGUGUUCGGUGUCGCAAUGCAAGUAUAGACACUAAAGCAGGCGAAACUCCACAUGUGCUUGACCGUCAGCCUGAUUAUCUACUCUCUCCAUUGCCUAGUUGA